AUUAUGAAUUUUUGCUUCCAAUGAAGAAAAGUCGACCGAGGGAUGGACAAGCGCGUAAAGUGGUUGCAUAACAGAGUUUAACUCUAAAAGAACAGUGGUGUUUCGAAGGUUUGAAUUGCCCUUGGUCAUUACCAUCGGCACCAGCUGCUAUCUUGUACUCUAUCGAAUAUCGCCCAAGGUCAAACAGAUUAUUGGGAAAAUAUUAAUUUAGGCAAUUAGUGCGCGGACCAUGGGGCUGUCCAAGUGGGUGAAGACGAUUUUUCGCUUCGGAUCGGAAGCUGGAGUCAAAGUGAAGCCGGUGCCACAGACUGCGACGCCCAAAUCGGCGGCCACAGAGAGCACUGAGUCGGCUAAGAAAAUUCUUUCGGCACAGCCACAGCAAUGCGGAUAUGCGACGGAGGCUUCAUUUGAAACCAGGGCCUUCAAGUUGCACAACCUGGACCAGGGUCCGGCGACGAGCGUCACCGUGACCAAGGACGAUGCGCUGAAGUACUACAGCCAGAUGUACGCGAUCCGUCGGAUGGAAACGGCCGCCGGUAAUCUGUACAAGGAGAAAAUCAUCCGAGGUUUCUGUCAUCUGUACUCCGGCCAAGAAGCGUGUGCCGUGGGAAUGCGUGCCGCCAUGCGUCCGGAAGAUUCCUGCAUCACGGCGUACCGUUGCCACGGGUGGACCUACUUGAUGGGCGUUUCGAUGCAGGGGGUGCUGGCCGAACUGACCGGAAGACAGAGCGGUUGUGCUCGUGGAAAGGGCGGCAGCAUGCACAUGUACUCGCACAACUUCUACGGCGGAAACGGAAUCGUGGGCGCUCAGGUUCCUUUGGGCGUUGGAAUCGCCUUUGCUGCCAAGUACAAAGGAACGAAGGGAGUUUGCAUUGCUGCGUAUGGAGAUGGUGCUGCCAAUCAGGGACAGCUGUUCGAGGUCUACAAUAUGGCCAAGCUGUGGAACACUCCGGUGAUUUUCGUUUGCGAGAACAACGGUUAUGGUAUGGGAACCAGCGCUGAACGUGCUUCAGCUAAUGUUAACUAUUACACUCGAGGAGAUACCGUCCCCGGAAUUUGGGUCGAUGGCAUGGAUGUGUUGGCCGUUCGUGAAGCUACGAAAUUCGCUAUUGAUCAUUGCAACAGCGGCAAGGGACCGAUUCUGCUGGAAACGGCCACCUAUCGCUACUCGGGUCAUUCAAUGUCCGAUCCUGGUACCAGCUACCGUUCCCGUGAUGAAAUCGCCGAAGUCCGCCAGACACGUGAUCCAAUCACAUCGCUGCGGGAGAAGAUUUUGACUAAUGAGCUGGCUACCACCGAAGAACUGAAGGAAAUCGAAUCAAAGAUCCGCGGGGAAGUGGACUCUGCUACGAAGGUGGCCAAGGCCGAUCGGGAAAUUCCUGUGGAUGAACUGUGCACGGAUAUCUACGCUAAACCGGAUAACACUGGAGCCAUCCGAAACGUUAUGCCAGCUUGCGAACUUUCCCACAAGCGCCUAGGCAAGGCAGUCAACAUGUAAGGUUGGUCAGGAACAAUGUUGAGAACAACAUUCGAUUGUAUUCCCGCAAACUGCCACCAGCAUCAGUUAUAUAAUAAUGAUAUUGUACUACUAGAAGAAAGUAUGGAAGCAGGCGAUACCGUUUAAUCUCCUAGGUUGGUUUUAAUUUAGCUCAAAGCGAACUCCAUUACCCAUUUGCGCAUUUGGUAGAACGAAAGACACACCGAUAACGUUUUUAAUAACUUCAACGAAAAUCAAACAUUCUGUCUCAUUACGAACACCACUACACAACACGGGUUUCCAGGCAUUUAAGUUUUCUGCUUCUGUUUCAUGUGUUCCUUACUCCUUGAAAAAGGAAAAGUUCGAAAUAAAAAUGAAUAUACACUUUAAUGGAACAAA